GGCUAAAGUGCACUGCAAACUUAUCCAUCCUUUCAUGGUUGCUACUUGCUAGUUCCUCGCCAUAGCCAUCGAUCGACCUUUCGUACAAACUCCACACAGGCCUCAAGCAAUUAGCAAGUUACACAUCAAUUCAUCCUCAAAGCAACACUUAAUUGGCCUCUUAGUUCUGCAGAAAGUGGAAAGCCAAUAGUAUUUUCCAAAAACAAGAGCAACCCAAGUUUCAGCUAUUUUGGACAACCAACCAACCAACCAAAGCUCGUUCAACCAUGUCAAAUUAUCCACUAGCAAGUCUACCAUCCAAAAGGGCCAUUCACCAAUUGACAAAAGGAACUCUGCAAUUGAAGCAAGCACAUCCAGGAGCCAUCAGGUCGAACAUCGGGAACUCCGCGGCAGCUAACUACGACAAGAUGCCCGAGAGGAAACUGUACAAACCAUUCGAGGCUGCAAUCAGGAAGAGGGCAUACUUCUCCCAAAGCCUCGGAUCCACCCCUGUAGAAGAAUUCGCGAAAGAUACAGUAGCUGCUGCCAUACUCCGAAAGGAUCCGCCAGCAUGGUUCUCGUCGGGCCGGUAUGGCCAUCUUGCAUCAUCUCCCGCUUCGUAUCAGAGAUGUUAUCAUCAACUGAAUUUCGCCUGUUGAAUAGCAGCACUACCCUGAUAUUGAUUCCUCUGCACUGUGCAAUCGGAUUCACUUCCCUGUUUGUUUUGACUCGUGUAGUAAUCCUUAUCUUCACGCUUGAGAAUCUAAUUUGCCACAAAACUUCUCUUCCUGCUUGAGAAUCAAGCUUUACCUAUUUAAUCCAAACGAUAAAUCCACCAACACAUUUUAAACCAAACACGAACCCAACCUAUUUGUUACAAACCAUUGAACUCGCCAGCUCGAUUCAUUUUCCACCUCCACUUUGAAUCACUAACACUUCCCUACUACUGGUAGCUAUGUAAAAAGAAAUGUUGAUCAAUCGUCGUCAGAUGUUCUAAUGUCAGCAGCACUAACUCACUACCAAGAAAUUUCUCGGUUACAAAAGACAACAGGGCCGCAAGAUAAAUUAUACAAUCAACA